AUGUCUGAUGAAACAACCGGUAUUCAUCAUGUCGAAUUUCAUACAAUACAACCGGAUUAUUUACUUGAUUUAUUUAUACAUGUAUAUGGUUUUCAAUUAAUUGCUAAACGUAUUACUUUCAAUUAUUCUCAAUGGUUUCUUAAAUCUUAUGAAUGUCAUUUAUUAAUUUCAUCGGUGUCAAAUUCAGAUAUAAACAAUAUAAUCAAUUCCAAUGAUGAUCAUUAUGAUAUUUUAACUUCAAUAAUUCGUAAUAAUACUACUCGUGAUUUUAUUCUUGAUCGUGAUACAGUGUUUAAUAUUGCUCUUCAUGUUAAAUCUGUUCAGUCAAUUCUUGAUAGGAACUCUGAUGUACAAGUACUUCUCUCACAUCGACAAGCAAUUGAUCAACAUGGAUCGAUAGAAUAUGCUUGUAUUAAAUCAUGUAUUGGAAAUGUAGUACAUACAUUGAUCGAUACAUCUCAGUAUUCAGGACCUUGUUUACCAGGUUUUGUACCAGUAUCUAUCUCAGAACAACGAGUACUUACUCAAUCGAUGAUUAACGGUAUCGAUCAUGUUACAUUUGCAAUGCCAAAACAAUCAGCAUUAUCAAGUGUUGUUUGGUAUGAAAAAAUACUUGGUAUGAAACGAUUUAUAAUUAAUCAAGAAGAUGAUCCAUUUCAAGGAUUUCCUGUACGUGUUGGUACAGCAGGUAUGCGCUUAUUCGCUAGUCAAUAUUGGAAAUGUGCUGAAACAGCUUGCAUUAAUGAAAAAACGUCUAAUUUAAAAUUAGUUUUUGCUGAAUCAUUAAUCGAAAAUGAUUCGAGUAAAAUGGAUCAAAUAAGAACUUUUAUUGCUCAACAUAAAAAUCAAGCUGGUGUUCAGCAUGUUGGAUUCAAAUCUGUGAAUAAUAUAAAAGAUGUUGUACGUAUAACAAAAGCAAAUGGUGCUCAAUUCUUAUCUCCAUUAGGAAAUUAUUAUCUCAAUGAAAAUAAUGGUCAUGUUAUUGAAGCAGCCGGCGAAAAUGUUAGUGAACUUGCUGAAUUAGGAAUUUUAUUAGAUGAUGAAGAUGCUAAUAUUGAGAAAUCAAAAUUAAAUAAGAAAAUUCUUUUACAAAUUUUUACAAAAUCAAUUUUUAAUAAUGAUACAUUUUUUUUGGAAUUUAUUGAAAGACAUGGUGCGACAGGUUUUGGUGCUGGAAAUAUUCGAACGUUGUGGAAAAUUGUUCAACAACAAAUGGAUUCUAGAACAAAUUGA